CAGCAGCUUGGGAAUCAGGUUUCUUCGACCGAGCAGCAAGAGCUGAGAGAGAGAAGGGAGGGGAGAGGAGGCAGAGCCAGAUUUCCUUUCAGACACUCCCAUUCUUUUAAUGCCUGAGCUCAGCUAACGGUCCCUGGACUCUCCUUGGGUCUGGAACUCUCCAGAGUGACACACUACAUACCUCCCUGGACCUCAUUUCAAGCCAACCAUCCAGGGUCCUACCCCUCUGAAUCUGAAGCCCUCCACCUCUGGAGGUCUGACCUAUAACAUCCUUAGUGAGGCCUUUACUUUAGCACGUCCAUUGGCAUGAUUCAAGAAUAGAGAUGGAUACUGAAGGCCCACGUGUCCAAGAUGACCCAGAUAUCAAGGUGAUGAUGGCGGGGUCGACUCUGAGAAAGGUGAAGUCCAGGUCGUGGAAGAAGCAGCGACAUUUCCGCCUCCUGGAGGACGGUCUGACGAUCUGGUACAAGUCCAGAUGGGCGGGGAUGGGACACACCACCUUCUCUAUAACCGAGCUGGAGGCCGUGCGAGAGGGACACCAGUCAGAGGUCCUGCUGAGCAUCGCUGAAGAGUAUGCCGCUGACCUCUGCUUCACCUUGGUGUUUCAUGGUCGCCAAGGCAACCUGGACCUGGUGGCUGACUCUGCAGGGGAGGCCCGGGCCUGGAUCCACGGAGUCCGCAAACUGAUUCACAAGGCUGAAACGAUGGAUGAGAAGGAGAGGCUGGACCAGUGGGUCUGGGACUGGUUUCAUAAAGCCGACAAGAACAAAGACGGGAAGAUGAAUUUCAAAGAGGUGCGGAAGUUACUGAAGAUGAUGAACGUGGAAAUGAAUGAGGAAAAUGCUCUGCACCUCUUCACAAUGGCUGAUAAGUCGGAGAGCGGCUCUCUGGAGAUCGAGCAGUUUGUCCACUUCUACAAGAUGCUGACUCAGAGGGAUGAAGUGUGGAAGGUGUUUCAGGAUUACUCUGGAGAUGGAGAGAAGUUGAUGCUGGACGAGCUUGAGAUCUUCCUGAGGCUGGAGCAGCAGGAGGGAGACAAAAGUUCCCGGCACGCCCAGGAACUGAUUGAUCGCUACGAACCUUCUGAAUCAGCCAAGAAGCAAGGCGCCAUGUCUUUUGAUGGCUUCCAGAUGUACCUGUGCUCACAGGAGGGCUCCAUAUUUAACCCUGAGCUUCGGGAUCUUCAUCAGGACAUGAGCCAGCCGCUCAGCCACUACUUCAUCUCCUCCUCACACAACACCUACCUCCUGGAGGACCAGCUCCGGGGACAGAGCAGCCUGGAGGCGUACAUUAAGGCCCUGAAGAGAGGCUGCCGGUGUGUGGAGGUGGACUGCUGGGAUGGCAGUGACGGAGAACCCAUCGUGUAUCACGGUCACACUUUGACGUCCAAGAUUCUUUUUAGAGACGUCAUUUCAACGCUUAAAGAGUACGCUUUCAAGGUGUCACAGUUCCCUGUCAUCCUGUCCCUGGAGAAUCACUGCGGUGUGGAGCAGCAGACAGUCAUGGCCAAACACCUCACACAGAUCUUGGGUGACACACUGCUGACCACCCUGCUGGAUGGGCAGGUCCCUCAACAGCUCCCCUCUCCACAGGAGCUGAAGGGGAAAAUAUUGCUGAAAGCCAAGAAGAUCGGCGGUCCAGGAGGCUCUCUGGAUGACACCCUGACAGACGAAGUUAGCGACGAUGAAGAGACGGCCAACAGUGAUGCAGAGACGCUUUCUUCAGAUGAUCCACCUGUGAACCACAAUGCAAAGAAGUCAAAGUCCAAAUUGUCCAGGGAGCUGUCAGACUUGGUGGUUUACUGUAAGAGUGUGCACUUCCACGGCUUUGAACAUUCCCGUUUACACGCCAAAUGCUACGAGAUGUCCUCAUUCUCUGAAUCCAAGGCCAAGAAGCUUGCCAAGGACGCAGGAACACAUUUUGUUCAGCACAACACGAGGCAGCUGAGCAGAAUCUACCCCAGUGGCCUCAGGACGGACUCCUCUAACUACAACCCUCAGGAUAUGUGGAACGCUGGCUGUCAGAUAGUGGCUCUGAACUUUCAGAAGGCCGGUCUGGAAAUGGAUCUGAAUGAUGGCCUGUUCCGGCAGAAUGGCUGCUGCGGCUUUGUCCUCAAACCUCUCUUCAUGAGAGACGCAAACACUCUGUUCAGUCCAGAGAAACCAGAGGAGCGGCAAGGCAAACCACUGCGCUUAUCCAUACAGGUGAUCAGUGCGCAGCAGCUGCCAAAGGUGAACCAGAAGGAGGGCUCUAUAGUAGACCCUCUGGUCAGAGUGGAGAUCUAUGGAGUGUCACAGGACCAGGCCAGAGAGGAGACCAGUCACAUUAACAACAACGGCUUUAACCCAGUGUGGAAUGAAACUCUAAAUUUUGUCAUCCGCUCUCCUGAGCUGGCCCUGGUCCGCUUCGAGGUGGAGGACCAUGACAAGGCAUCCAGGAACGACUUCAUUGGACAGUUCACUCUACCGUUUACAUGCAUCCAAGCAGGAUAUCGCCACAUAAAUCUGCUCUCCAGAGACGGAACAGCUAUACCUCCCGCCUCUGUCUUCAUCAACAUCAGCAUCUCAGAGCUCACGUGAAGAAGAAGAAAAAUCUGAUGCUUUAGCCUAGAUGGGUUUCUGAAGAGAAGUCAUAAUUGCUGAAUUUGAUCCCUCACCAAAUUUACCAAGAAGUAAGAAAGAAACCUGGGGGCCGUAUUCACAAAGCUUCCUAUGAAAAGAAAGUGAAGAAAUGUUCUUCAAACACUGAAUAAUGAACAUUAUUGUUGGAUCAUAGUCGGGCCGAACAGACAGAAAUGAUUCAUGCAGACACAUAAAUCCAUCUAUGACUUUAUUCAGUGCAAAGUGAGACAUGCAUGUUGAGUCCCUCUACGUGUGGUUACCUCCACAGGUGCAUCCAAUCACUAGUUAAAGACCCUUUACCUGCUGAUGUAACGAUCAUCAUGUGAAGAGGCUGCUGCUCAAGUGUUUCAAAAAUAUUUUGUAGGCUAAAGCACGGCUAACAGUUUAAUCAACAGAGAUGUUCAUUUCAUAAUGUUGCCUGGUUUGUAGAUUCUAUGAUUGGGCCCAAUCAAUUGAACUGUCUUCCAUGGCCAUUAAUCCCCCAAGAGAGCACUUUUUCUAAUCAUUUUUUGGAUCAAACAAUGAAAGCUACUGAAAGGUUUUGUCAUACCUAGCAACAAGGCCGACAACACCUCCUAAACGUUUGUGUCGCUGUUCCUAAAUCACUCCUAAACUAGGAGUCCUUGCUAUUCAAACUAAGUUAGAAGCUCACUGAGAGGAUUCUCAUCAUAAUAUUUAUGAAUACGGGACCUGAAGGACACAGGGACGAUCAAUAGAGUCCACUUCUAAAUAUGUAGAAUCCGUGUUGAAUAUUAACUGCCCCUAAUUAUUUCUCUUCUAAUGUAAGAUAUUUGCAAUUCUUAAUUCUGUCAAAUUGUGAUGAAAUGAAGGAACAUGAGAGAGGGGUUGCUGCAUGUCUUGAAUGCCAAAAUAAACCUUACUGCCUUUUAAAUGACCUGUAGGCUAUAUCCUAAAAUAACAUUAAGUAACUCUGAGUGUAUGGUUCACCGUUUUACUAAUGGAGUGUAAAACAAUCGCCAAAUACCAGUAUUAUUAUAAACAUACUGAUCUGAAUUCCCAUCUCCAACAGUAGGUGGCAGCACUGUCUACAGUGUAGCGUGGUCAUUUAGUUAUAAAAUACUAAAAUAGUUUUGCAUCACGUUGUUUAAUCUACAAUGAAGUGCCUGCUGUACAAAUGACAAACAGUUAUGUUGUGUAUUCUGUAAAUCUGUGUAAACAUAGGCCUGUAAAUUAAUACAAUACUUUUUGCUCUUG